GAAGAUGCAUCGAUUCCUGAGGGCAUCAAUCGAAAACUUGGGCUUAGCGAUGAAAAAACGCCCAUUGUCGUCGCAUACGUCGAGGUAUCAGGGCAAUGGAACUGCAACAAGCGGACCCUGCAAACAGAAGAUAUGCGAAGAUAGGGCGAGAGAUCUUGGCAUCUUUGAGUCCUCUCCGGACAGCGGAAGGCUGAAGGUGGCCAGCCCUUUAAUGUGGCGUCCCUGUCCGGAGCCACCGAAGCCGCGCGAGUUUAGCUGCGACGAUGCUGGACUGGUACCGAUAAUGCGCCGGAAGCGUGAUCCGGUGCUGAAGAAGAUGAGUUGCACCAGUCCGGCACCCAGCGUCGAAGCACCGGAGUGUAUCAAAAUUAAGGAGGAUCUAUGUCUCCGCGUGCAGGUUCCCGGUUGCGGCAAGGUACGGUUUCCGCCAAAGUGUGAGGCGCCGCUAGCAGUGCGUGACUGUGCGAAGGCAGAAGCACCGGUCUCUUCUUUCUCGGAGGGUUACAAGAAUCCGUUCCCGGCGCUCCCAAUUUCGGAAUGUCUUUGUUAUGACUCGACUAGAGUAUGCUAGUUGGGAAAACUAGAUCGGACGUGCAUUUGUCGAUAAUAAAUUUUACAUAAACCUGUACAUGUGUUGAAGUACUUUGUUGUUAGAAUAGAUAAAAUGUAAACGAUCUUUUCAUGUGUAUGUUACUACAAAACGAAUUUACUUAAAAUUUUAUUACGUGUGUGGUACAUUUUUACAAUGUAUUUUUAAUGUAGCACUUGAAUG